AUGCUUUUUGAAAUGUUUUAUAUGAGGCGAACUGUUAACAGGAAUCGCAGAGCGGAACAGCAAGAGCAAUAUGCUCAGAGCCAAUAUCAAUAUGAUCCGGAAGACUCCCCGUCGAGACCUACAUCGAGCCUUCGACACGCGCCUACCAUCCCCCCACCGGUAGCAUCCGCAGCCGAUUUACCGCACUAUGCGACUCGCCCCGGCUCGCCUACGCGCCCUUGGUCCCCAUCCCGUGCACCCAACUGGAGCGGACCACCGGCACCUCCGUCCGUGGUCAGCUCGCAUUAUGAGCGUGCUGACCUCAACGGCAGCCCUAGGCCGGGAACCCCGAGUUCGAGAUAUGGGGGCAGUCCCAGACGUCCGCUUCCCCCAGCGCCACUGUUUGCGCCCCCCGCCGGCUAUGACGCGAGUAUUCCCAUUGGCAACUCAGACGAGGAUGUUUUUGGCGGUGGUGGUGGCGGCCGCAGUACCGACCCCCAAUUUGACAACCGCGCCAGCCUGCAGUCGUUCUUGAGCGAAUCGACGAUUAUCACGGACGAUAAGGAUGGAAUGGCGAAGAUUGACUUGGACGAUGAAUACGACGAACGCGGAGAAUUGGUCGAUCCGAACUUGCAUUACGGCCCACCCCCGGAGAAGCAGAGCCGCCGCGGUGUCCGAGAAGCCCAGAUGUCGAAGAAGGAAGUGCAGCUCAUCAACGGAGAACUCAUUCUGGAGUGUAAAAUCCCGACAAUCCUGCACAGUUUCCUGCCCCGGCGUGACGACCGCGAAUUCACGCACAUGCGGUACACCGCUGUGACUUGCGACCCAGACGACUACAUACAGCGAGGAUAUAAACUCCGUCAACAGAUUGGCACGACUAUGCGGGAGACCGAACUCUUCAUUUGCAUCACCAUGUACAACGAAGAUGAGAUUGGCUUCACUCGCACCAUGCACGGUGUCAUGCGGAACAUCAGCCAUUUCUGUUCACGCUCCAAGUCCCGAACAUGGGGUAAGGAUGGAUGGAAGAAGAUCGUCGUGUGCAUCAUUGCAGACGGACGCAAGAAGGUCCAUCCCCGGACGCUCAAUGCUCUCGCGGCCCUGGGUGUCUACCAGGAGGGCAUUGCCAAGAAUGUGGUCAAUCAGAAGGAGGUCCAAGCCCACGUUUAUGAGUACACAACGCAAGUAUCCCUUGACUCGGAUCUGAAAUUCAAGGGAGCUGAGAAGGGCAUGACGCCUUGUCAGAUUAUCUUUUGUCUCAAGGAGCACAACAAGAAGAAGUUGAACUCCCACCGUUGGUUUUUCAACGCGUUUGGGCGGGCCCUUCAGCCCAAUAUUUGCAUCCUUCUGGACGUUGGAACCCGGCCAGAGUCCACGGCGCUCUACCACUUGUGGAAAGCAUUCGAUCAGGACUCAAAUGUGGCCGGAGCUGCUGGAGAGAUUAAGGCGGGAAAGGGUAAAAACAUGAGAGGUCUCCUCAACCCGCUGGUUGCGAGCCAGAACUUCGAGUACAAGAUGUCCAACAUUCUGGACAAGCCUCUGGAGUCUGUGUUUGGAUACAUCACUGUCCUUCCUGGUGCACUCAGUGCAUACCGAUUCUUUGCUUUGCAGAACGACGCCGACGGCAAUGGGCCUCUGAACCAGUACUUCAAGGGUGAGACAUUGCACGGCAAGGAUGCGGAUGUUUUCACAGCGAAUAUGUACUUGGCUGAGGAUCGUAUUCUCUGCUGGGAGCUGGUGGCCAAGAGGGAAGAGAGAUGGGUUCUGCGAUUCGUGAAAAGUGCUGUUGGUGAAACCGAUGUUCCUGAUACAAUUCCUGAGUUUAUCUCCCAGCGUCGACGAUGGCUGAACGGUGCAUUCUUCGCAGCCGUAUACUCGAUCGUCAAUGGAAGGCAGCUUUGGAAGACGGACCAUUCGCUGGUCCGGAAGAUUCUUCUGCAGAUCGAGAGCUUCUAUCAGUUUAUGCAGCUCCUCUUCACGUACUUCGGCUUGGCGAACUUCUACUUGGUCUUCUACUUUAUUGCUGGAUCGCUCACCGACCAGAAGAUCGACCCCUUUGGACACAACAUCGGGAAGUAUAUCUUCGUUAUCCUACGAUAUGCCUGCAUUCUGGUCAUGGCCCUGCAAUUCAUUAUCUCGAUGGGUAAUCGACCACAAGGUGCCAAAAAGCUCUAUCUGUCGGGCAUCAUUGUCUACGGUAUCAUUAUGUUCUACACGAUCUUUUGCACGCUCUACUUGAUCGUCAUUGAGUUCAUGGCACGGUUUGGUGGAUACACGAAGGUCACUGUUAGUAACGGACUUUUCGUGAAUAUCGUCAUGUCCAUGCUUUCAACUGUGGGCCUUUACUUCUACUCGUCCUUUCUAUACCUGGACCCCUGGCACAUGUUCACCUCCUCCGCGCAGUAUUUUAUCCUUCUGCCUAGCUACAUCUGUACUCUGCAGGUCUACGCCUUUUGCAACACCCAUGAUGUGACCUGGGGUACCAAGGGUGACAACGUGAUGAACACUGACCUCGGAGCCGCACGAACCAUCAAUGGCACUACGGUCGAAAUCGAGAUGCCCUCCGAGCAACUCGACAUCGACAGCGGCUACGACGCCGCCCUGCGGAACCUCCGUGACAGAGUGGAGGUUCCUGAGGCGCCCAUCUCUGAGAGCCAACUGCAGGAAGACUACUACCGCGCCGUGCGAACUUACAUGGUCUCCAUUUGGAUGGUGGCCAACGUCGUUCUCGCCAUGGCAAUCUCGGAGGUCUACGGGCCCGACUCGGGCGGCACGAACAUCUACCUCUCCAUCAUCCUGUGGUCGGUGGUUGUUUUGGCGCUCAUCCGCACCAUCGGAUCCACCACCUACGCUAUCCUCCUGGUGGUGCAGAAGAUCGUCGAAGGCAAGACUAAGUUCGAUGCGGGCAACCUCGCCAACGCGAGUGCAACAGCCAGCUCGUCGGGCCGGACGAACACCACGGCUUAUCGGUACGGUGGAGGCGCGACGAUGAAGGAUAAGUUUUCUGAGGCGGGAUGGACGAUGAAGAGACAGUUGGGGAAGGCGAUGUUCUGGAGGAAGUAG